AUGAUAUUUGGGUAUGAACAACAACAACAACAACAGGAUAGCAGAGGUAGUAUGGUUACUAAUCAUCAUAAUCAUCAUUCACAGCAUUAUUUUAGAACCAACCCUGGAUAUGAUGCAUUGACAGCACAUCCAUCAAGAUUUAGAUUAUAUAUCAAUAUGAAGUUGUUUAUUUGUAUUUCAUUGAUUAUAAUUAGUGGUAUCUCUUUAAUGUGGUACAUUGAUUUCACUCAAUACAAAUAUAUUGCUUGGUCUCUUACAACAAUGGGUUUUGCAUUGAUUUGGGGUUUGUUAAUUGUCAAAUAUCAAGCAUACAAGGAUAAUAAUGGACCAGUAGACAGUUAUGCAACUGUACCACUCUCUGCUGAUAAUGAAUCAAUGGAAUUGUAA